GGAAAUUUUCGCGUUCUUAUUGGCAUCGGAAAUCGGGUCGAAAUGUUCGAUAAAAUUGUUUCGGAAAAGUGAUUUGUGAAAAUGAUUGGAAAACUCCGUAGGACGGAACCGGAAACAUCUGAUAUAUUGGGCUGGUUAAGUUGAAAUUGAUUUAUCUUUGCGGAUCGAAAUUCAAGUGUGUGUGAUAAAGGAAGGCAGAAGGAAAAGUUUGUUUUCUUCAAAAUAAUAUCCUUUAUAGAGGUUUUCCAGCUAAAAUCAAUCAAAAGAAAAGAUGAAAAUCUCUAAUCAAAAAAAUAUCAACAAAUUCGUAGGAAAAUGAUUCUCAAAACAACUCAGAAUAUAUUCGCUUGAGACGAUGGAAGAAAAUAUGCCUAGAAUUUAAUGAACCCAGACAGACUGUCGCCAAAAAGUAGAGCCAGUUUUUCGUGACACGACGAGACGACGACAGAAAGCAAUAAAAAGGAACGGGCAGCAGAAAAUUGUAAUUGGAACGGGACAACAACCGAUUACAGCAUGUAAUUAGAACCAGGUCCUGUGCAAACGUAGUAUAUGGUAGCAGAACAUGAGUUGUUCCGAGCAGCCGGAGUCAGCUCCGGGUGGCAAGGAUUGUUCCAGGGACCCAUCGGAUGAGAUGGAAGAAGAGCUGGAAGGGGCAGUUGGCAACUGCCCUUUGUCAUCCCCCCACGAAAGCCAUCCAGAACGUCCGGGAGAACUUUUUCUGGGACCGGUGAGAACUGAUGACGACGACCAUGACGAUGAGGAUCCGAUUGAACUGAAAAAUCAGGAACAGGAUAAUUUUCCUCCCACCCCGUACGAAGAAUGUUUAGAUCUGAAAGCUUUUGAGAUCCUGGCAGAACAGGAGAAGCUGGAAUUGGAACGGAAUCAUGAGCUUCCGGCUGCUAGUGAUGGUCAGUUGUUGGAAGCGGCCAGUUUGAAUUAUAUAGAUGGCGAACCCUCCCCGGCCCGAAACUCCCAAGCUCAAAACCAGCAGCAUCAGCAGCAGCCUUCUCCAGCAGCUUGUUGUACGGCAGCAGCAAUCUCACCCUCGAGCAACGGCGGAGGCGGCGGCGGCCAUCAUGGAGAUUCCUGCGGCUCGUCCACUUCUUCGGCCCCCUGUUCCGGGGUACGCCGGAAAGCCAAAGUUCCAACCACUUCCCAAGAAGACGAACCGAUGGCCAUAAAUGGAACCAAGAAAAAAGUUCGCCACAAUGGAUCUCUCAAAUCGUCACCCUCGCAACCUACUACGGAGUAUUUGAGUGUAUGGAAUACCACUAGUCCGACAUUGACGAGUUCUUUGGAUGAACGACAGGAAUCGAUCAUCAGCCCUAGUAUUCAAAUUCAUCGACCCCUGGAACGUUCUUGGCCUCCGAAGAAUCAUAAAAAGUCUAAUUCUUCAAUGAUUCAGGGAGCGGAGGAAUUUUCCUUUGACAUCAUUGACACUGAUGAACCUUCUUAUGGAACUAACGCUGAAGGUGAAGGUGAGACAGGAGUCGAUUUUACUCCUGGAGAGUUUUUCGGUAAGAAUCCUAAACACAUCAAACAUGACAAGGUUGCACGUAUUAUUAGGCAACCGUUGGAGGGAAUUAUUGAAAGUGCUCCCUUGGCGACUCCGGAAACUGAUGGCAGUCUGUCGGAUAAUACUCCUUUGAGAUUGAAUCGACUGGAUCGGAAUGCCAAUCCAACUGAGAUCGAACCGGUGCAUGAAGUUCCGGAAACUAAUGUCAAACCUGUAUCGAAGCCUCCGUUGAAGAAAGCUACUCGUGCUGAAUACAGUUUUCCGGAAGAAGAUCGACAACAGCCGGGAUGCUCCAGUGAUCCCGUUAUCGUUGUUGAUGGGGAAUUGAGAGUAAUAAAGCCGCAUCGACCCUUAACUAGAGCACUGUCCAAUGGGAGAACUAGGCAAAACAUCAAAAGUCCUUUAACGCUUGGAGAAGCGAUGCAUGUAGAGCCUCUGAGACCCACACAUGUUUUGAUACCGAUUCAAAACCUUUCACCCAGAGCCAGGAGUCCUCCAUCUGGGUCAUCAACUAGGUCAGGGUCACCCUUGGAACAUUCUCCGGAUCGAUCAUCACCUGUAGCUAUCAUGCAUCCCAAACCGAUAAGACCGCAACCCCGUCCACUGACCAGAGUUGGGGUCACCCGGGCUGAUCUCAUUUGUCCCCCGACACCAACCCAUCAUGCUCGUAGACUGCGUGUUUCAUCUGAUGGAUUCGGUCCACCGGAUCUUCGUCCUCGGAAUCUCUUCUCACCGGAGACCGUAGUUUCUCCGGAAAUGCGCUACAAUGAUUUGAUAGCAAUUACUGGAAGUAGAGUUGAUCAACUACGCGUAGCCGAGGGGCGUGAAGACGACAUUGAAACAGAUGUUUCCAUGCGUCAUCUAACAAGCACCAGACUUCCUUCGAUUCCCGAAAGAGCUCGAGGAGCUCUUGCUGAGCCAGACGAGCCCCUUCCACCUGCUUGGGAAGCUCGGAUGGAUAGCCAUGGACGAAUUUUCUACAUAGAUCAUACAACCCGAACUACGUCUUGGCAACGACCUGGCUCGCAUACAGGAAUGACCGGUCCAGAUCAGCACCGGCAACAGCUCGAUCGCCGAUACCAGUCAAUCCGUCGAACGAUCUACGAUAGAAGAGACCCAACCAGUGGCAGCAGAAGUCCUCCCAGAUUCGGCUUCGAACCCAUCAAUCCUAGACAAGUUGUCACCCAAACGGAGAAUCUCACCGUAGAUCGCUCAGCUCACCCCGCUCUCCUAAUGAUCUGCCGUCCAGAUUUCUACUCCAUGCUUCACACCAACACCGAUGCUAUUCUCAUCUACAACCGCAACUCAGCCCUCAAACAUAUGGUCUCCAGAGUACGGCGAGACCCCAGCUGCUUCGGCCGCUAUCAGCACAAUCGCGAUCUCGUUGCCCUCGUAAAUUGUUUCGCUUCCCCGGAAAAAGAUCUCCCAACCGGUUGGGAAUCAAAGAUGGACCAAAAUGGGAAACAGUUCUUCAUCGAUCACGCCAACCGCCGUACGUCUUUCAUGGACCCGCGAGUGCCUACCGACUGUUUGCGGUCCCGGCAUCGGCCGCCCUCAGAACAGUUGAUCGCUGCUGCCGCCGUCCCUGCCACCGUGCUGCCUCCACCGGUUGAUGUUGCUCCGGUUCCGCCACCACGUCCGCCGGCCUUGCCUCGGUUGAGUAUUGGAUCGCCGGAAAUUCCGGUGGCGUAUAAUGAUAAGGUCGUUGCAUUCCUGCGGCAACCGAAUAUUCUGGAGAUUCUUCGGGAACGACACGGUGCCGCAGCCUGUUCCCGGAACCUACGGGAAAAAAUCAACUCCAUUCGGGUGGAAGGAACCGCGGCACUAGAUCGACUCAGCCACGACCUGCAGCUGACGAUCCUGUUAAGCUUAUUCGAGAACGAGAUUAUGAGCUACAUCCCGGUGGAGGCUCGCAGUCCCCAGGGUUCCCCGAAUCUCAGCAGCUCCCGAGCGCCCCAACGUGCCCCUCCUCCCUUCCGGCGGGACUUUGAGGCCAAACUUCGCACCUUCUACCGGAAGUUGGAAUCCAAGGGUUUCGGCCAAGGGCCACACAAGCUUAAGUUGCACAUACGCCGAUCACAUCUGCUGGAGGAUGCCUUCCGACGGAUUAUGUCCGCAAACAAGAAAGACCUCCAGAGGGGCCGACUGGCGGUGCUCUGGGAUACGGAGGAAGGGCUCGAUUAUGGGGGACCAUCGAGGGAGUUCUUCUUCCUGCUGUCCCGAGAACUCUUCAAUCCGUACUAUGGGCUGUUCGAGUAUUCGGCUAAUGACACCUACACGGUGCAGGUGUCGCCACUGUCCGCCUUCGUGGACAAUAGUCAUGAUUGGUUCCGCUUCAGCGGCCGGGUGCUUGGUCUGGCCCUGGUGCACCAGUACCUGCUGGACGCCUUUUUCACCCGCCCCUUCUACAAGGCGUUGCUACGGCUUCCGGUAGCGUUGAGCGAUCUCGAAUCGCUAGACAACGAGUUCCACCAAUCGUUGCAGUGGAUCCGGGAUAAUGACAUCGGAUCGGGAGCCUCGCUGGGGUUGACGUUCUGCGUGACUGAGGAGCUCUUGGGGAAGGUGGUGGAAAGGGAGCUCAAGCCUGGAGGGAAAAACAUUCCGGUGACGGAGAAAAAUAAGCGGGAAUAUCUGGAGCGAAUGGUGAAGUGGAGGUUGGAGCGGGGCGUUCAGGAACAAACUGAGUCUUUGGUGCGUGGCUUCUAUGAAGUCGUUGACCCGCGGCUGGUUUCGGUGUUUGACGCGCGGGAGCUGGAACUGGUAAUUGCCGGAACGGCCGAAAUCGAUCUCAACGAUUGGCGAAUGAAUACGGAGUAUAGAAGCGGAUAUCACGAUGGCCAUCAGGUGAUCGUGUGGUUCUGGCAUGUGAUAGAGAAGUUCUCGAACGAGCAACGGUUGAGAUUGCUACAGUUUGUGACGGGAACUUCCAGUAUUCCGUACGAGGGAUUUGCCGCCCUGAGGGGAUCUACCGGGCCCCGGAGAUUCUGCAUCGAGAAGUGGGGCAAACCGAAUGCCCUGCCCCGGGCCCAUACCUGCUUCAACCGGCUGGAUCUGCCCCCGUAUCCGACGCCGGACAUUCUCUACGAGAAGCUGCUGCUGGCCGUCGAGGAAACCAACACCUUCGGCAUCGAGUAGCUAACUCUGGUCAACGGGGAACUCUGGCUGGUCUCGAGCCGGACCGAUGUGUUCUGCUACUAUCUGUUGUUGUUUCUAUUUUACAGCGUAUUCAUUUACUACUUCUUCAAGAUUCUAAUCGCGCAGCUACUGUGAAAUCGGGGGAACGUGCGUGCAUGAGAACUCGGUGGGCCUAUUGGUGUGUAUGCAUGCAUGUCGGCGGCCAAGUGGCCUGCCGAGCGGGAAAGUAAAAGUACCCUACUAUAAAUUAAUUACGGUAGAAUGCGUACGGAGCUAGCCGCUUGAUUUCAAACAAAACCAGUGAAAAGUUGCAACCCUCCUACAAAAAACCGUAUGAGACUCCUAUGAAGGUACCACCACUUUGAGGAAGGUGUGCAAUUUGGCCGAGUGCUCGAUAAACGGUGGAUCGCCAAAUGUAAGUGUUUGUGUGUGUUUCGGUUUUAGCCUGGCCAGCUGGGGAAUUAUCAGGGCGAGACGGACCGACCGCUGAGCUGGCUGGCCCUCAAGAAAACGGAUUGUGGUGGCCAGUUACCGGCUUGAUGAUUUUGUUUUGCUGCGCUUCUGUUUUGCCGUUUGCCUGUUUGGUAGCAACAGAAGAAGCUUCAAGCGUUGAAUCGAAAAAAAACUGAAGUGAGCAUCAUCACGGUCGUAGUUACAAAUCGAUUUAUGGUUUUUUUUCACCUAUUGCAUUACGAUAAAAAUAAAAAAAAAACCUAGUCAAAAUAUCAAAUAAUAACAAAGGUUUAGGAUUCAAUCUUUAAAUUUGGUAUAACAUUCAAUCAAAUGGAUCAAAUCUUCCAAUUAGAGCCAACCUUGAAGAAUUGAGAAUAACAGUAAAACUCGCUAGAUUUCAUUUGCAUACAAUGUUGCAAAUAUACCCAGACAAUAAGGAUUCUCAAGGAGCAAAAACCAUAAACAUGUCCUACCAGUUCUAUCGGAGCAUUCCAAUCUCAACAUCCACCCCCUUAUGAAUGGAAGUUAUUUGUCAACAAAAACCGUAACCCGGUAGCAUUUUUUUUCUUUAAUCCGUUAUCACCCAUGUGGAGAGACAAUCAAAAGUGAAACGAUCUCCUCUCAGAAGCCGACAGCACGAGAGCGAUAAUUUGCAUUGAUCGUGUCGGCCCAUUGACAGUUAUUGAUCAUUGACUGAUCACUGAACAACGGGGAUCAUGGCGUGGGAUGCUCUUUAUCAAAGGGAGCGAACCGCGCUGAGAAGUGACAAUGUUCAUACCUGCUGUCGUUCAGAAUUAGCCUUGCCGUAUUUAUCCCAUAAAAAACGAUUAAUUUGCAUACCUCCUAGUAAAGGAUGACGGGUGGCAGCUUCCAGCUACUAGCAUAUGCUGGCGCCAGCUUCCCUUACUCCUAGCCUGUGCUGAUGAGUCGCAAUCAAGGGUUUUGAAUAACAUGUACAAGUUUACAUACUUUCUACAUUCUAUAGUAUACUAUAGACAAAAAAAUUAAACUGUGAUUCACGGAACAUUUUUUUAACAUGUUUUGAAGAAUGUAUGAUUUUUCUUAAAAUAUUAAAAGUUUAAAUAAUUGAUUUUUUUUAAAGUUAACAUUGUUACGUUUUCAAUCCCUGUAGCAAGUUAUUACUUGUAGGGUCUCACGUAUGGAAAGGCGCGUAGUUUAACUUGAAUAUCAAAGAGCUGGAACGCCGCUAACAGGGUCUCAAGUGGUGGAAAAAUACUGUACUCAGUAAUUACAUCCAAGUAAUGGAAAUUCUGUAUCCAUAAAAAGGGAAGUGAGUAAAUAUGUAUUUAACACUAAACGUACCGGAGAUGGCCAAGUGCCAUUUUUUGAACUUCUAAUGAUUAUAACUUCUAUUGUAAUUAUUUUUUUCGCAAAUUUUUCUUCAUGACUAUUUUCAUCUUCAAAAUGCAUGUAUUUUUUCAUUAUACAUAGGUAAUAAUUUAUUUAAAGUUUGUAGAUUUCGAAAACGUAAGUGGUAUAUACCUAUUUAAAUCCCCGAGGAUCAAAUGACCCCUAACAGUUUUUACGCAAAAACUCUCUUGUUUCUAAGCCGAUUUUUACAAAAUUUAUAUUUUUCAAAAGCUUGUAACGAGACUUAAAUAUGAUUCCCAGACAACAUUCAGCUUCAAUCAUAUAUUUCAAAGUUAUUCAAAGUCUAAGAAAAAAAUCCAAAAAAAACAUGCUUCGUGAAAAAGGCUGUAAGUUAGUUAUUUAGAGAUCGGAAAAAAAUCACUUAGUGCUUGAGGAAGCUGAAGUUAGAAGCUUAUGUUGCACACAUGGAAAUACUUUUUUAAAAUAUCUUCAGAUCAUGGCCACAAAAAUUGUAAAAAAGUGAUGUAAAACCGUACUUUUUAAUGAAUCAACCGCCAAAGCUGUUCCAGUAAAAAAUGAAAUGUGAAUUGAAAAUUGACGUGAUUUGUGAUAUUUUGGAAUUUUGAGAUUUAUAAAACACGAAUCACAGAACUUUUGACGACUGCUCAAAGGUAGCUGUAUUUCGAAAUUAUUAGCAAUCUGCAUGUUCUGAGACUAUUCUGGCAACCAAAAUUCGUUUACAUUAGAUUUAGGCAUUAAAAUUAUACACACAAGAAAGGUAAUUCCAUAUCGGUUCUAGCGAUUUAAUUACAUUGGCGGUGCAAUGCUUGACAAAAAUGUGAUAAAUUAGAAAUUUCGAUUUAUUUAAAUUUUUGAACAAAGGAGAAUUUUUUAGCACCUUCACAGGCCUGGCAAUGUCAUCUAAAAACCUGAAAAAAUCCGGGCAUUAGUUUCGAUUUUGUCAAUCAAAAAACAAUUUGUUCAAAACCCAGGAAUUACUCAACAAAAAUCAAGAAAAAAAACUUUUUUUUAUUUCAGGCUUCCUAAAAAUCUUGCAAGAUUAUUUUUUUUAAAAAUUGCCCAUCAAAUUUAUAUUUUGCCGCAUAAAUAGCUUAGCUUAGCUUGUUUGACUGCUCAUAUCUACCUUAAAUCAUUCAACCCGAAAUGCUUCUCACGCAUUAUUUUCCUUAUAUUAUAAUUUUUGAUUAGGCUGGAACAAAUAUCAAUUUCUUCUUUUGUCACCCCCCCCUUCGAAAUUUUCAAAAACCCUUAGGGGGAAAUAAAUAAAGUUUGAAGUAUUUAAUGAACCCAAAAGAUUACAAGACGAAAAACACAAAUUUUGGAAAAUGGAAGUUAUUCCACCUUUUGUAUUCUUGAUUUUAUUUAAUUUUUCGAUAAUAAGUUACAUGAUAUUUAGGUUUUGUGCAAUGAUAUUCUAUGCAACUGUGUUGCAUACAAGCUUUCGUGCAAUUUAUUCCAAUUUAUUUGUUUUUCGCAUUAUUUUUUAUUGUCCCCCCCCCCCUCGCGAUGUUUCAACUCCGAGUGACAAAAGAAGGAUUUGAAAUUUGUUCCGGCCUUAUUUGAAACAAAAAAUACAUUGAAUACAUUUCGAGCUCCAUGAUCGCUGGCGUGGCUAAGUAGAACGAAUUCCACAUCGCCAAUGGUUGCUACUUCGUGAUUGAUCGAGGCCAUCAAUUUUGUGCAAGGACCAAAAGAAUGCAGCUUGGGAUUAGCAAUUCAUUCUCGAUGCACAAAACUCAUGCUCUCCCUUUAAGAAUUAUCAAUAACGACGCCGGCCAUGUCCUAGUAGUCAAUGAGGGAUGAAGGAAGGAUUGUUAGUGAGAUACUUUUGAGGAUGAUAAGUCGAUUUCACCAGCUAUAGAAACCGUCUAUACGUCUGCGAAUCUAUAUUCAAGUAUCUCAGGAAAGGUUGUGUUAGUAAGCGAGAGGAUUGGAUCAGGAGCCAUGUUUGGAAAAUGGUGCGAUCUUCGUUUAAGCUACACCUCCUAUGCUACUAGACAUUUUCUGAGAAAUCUCCUAUUAAUACCUACGGACUACGGUGUGUUAUUAAUUUGAUUAUCCAAAAACAAUUAUGAACACACAAAUUAUUGGAAAAGUAAUCAUUCAAAUUUCUCACAAGCAAGCUGUUUCUCUCAUUAAAAUCUCUAUAACAUCAUCCUAGCAAAUCAAUUUUUGGUUGGACUAACUAGUGUAGAGAUUUAUUUUUUAUAAUCUACACUUUUCACAAGAACAACAAAAAAGACAAGAAUCAUGUUCAAAAAUUUGUAGGUAUUAGGAUUUCAAAUCGAAUAACUAAUAUGCACCCUAAAUCUAAUAAUGAUUUUUUUCAUAUCCUAUCAAUCGCAAUCUUCUACAAUGCGUUCUAAUUCUAAUUGAAUGAAAUACAUCUCAGUAGAAAUUUAAAAUUAUUUUCAAAAAAAUCAUUUUUCACGCAGAAAAAUUAAGGAAAUUGAUUUUAAAUUUUACUUGAUAUUUUAUUACUUGUUUUUCGACAAUAUUGAACUGCGUAAAAAAAACAAAACUUUAAACGUAGCCAUUAAUUUAAAAUUCUAUUAAUAAAAAUUUUAACUCAUCCCUGUCUAAACCUCAAUUGAUUGAAUAUGGAAAGAAUGAGAUCCGAUGAGAUUGCAAAGUUGAACUUUUUCUUUCUAAUUUUUGUAUAAAAGCUAACAAACAUUUUUUUUCUUUUUAAACGGUUGCAAUCGCCAAAAUUCAAAAAUGUCAAAUAAGUUCAAUUUUCUACAAAUAAAACUGAAUAACUGAUAAAAAGUUUAUC